CUGCUUUUCUCAAACAGUCACGUGACUCAUGCUACUGUCACGAGAUCCAGCAGUUGUCCUUCACGCUUUCACCAGCUAAAAGCGCUCUUGGACCUUGCCUUCUUUUUAUUCCUGGACAAACUAUGUUUCUCACAACUUUCUCUCUUCUCCUCUUCUUCAACGUGGCCUCCACAGCCGGCGAGGUGACAACGGCCACGGUCUACUGGGAUGCCCAGCACAAAGCGGUCCUGCUAAAGGAGGGUCGCCUGGGACCAGAUGGCGAUGCCUUCGGCUUCCUCAACAACACCCUGUCCAGCACGGGCUGGAGCGUGCUGGAGAUCCGAGCCGGAUAUGGAGACACGCCCCCCACUGACGAGCUGACCUUCUUCCUGGCGGGCUACCUGGAAGGCUUUCUGACUGCACAACAGAUGGCAGCUCACUACACCAACAUGUACCCUCAACUCAUCACUGACCCCACCAUCCUGGGCCCGCUGCAGAGCUUCAUGAAGCAGCAGGACUCUUGGACUAGAGAGCAGGUGAAAACCAAGAAGAGUUCUGACCCUGUGUGGACACACACUGGCUUCAUUGUGGCGCAGAUGGACGGCCUGCAGGCGGGAGCUGCUGAGUGGGCCAAGAGACAAGGCAAAAAGCCGCUGUCCCUGUUUGCUGUUCAGUUCCUGAACGCCGUGGGAGACCUGCUAGACCUGAUCCCCAACUUGGUCCCAAGCUCCGCUGCGCCGCUCAAACACUUGAAACUUCCAGGGAUGGGACACUGCUCUGCACUCAUAAAGCUGCUGCCGGGCUUCGAAAACCUCCUCUUCGCCCACUCCAGCUGGUACACGUACGCCGCCACCAUGCGUAUCUACAAACACUGGGACUUCCACAUCGCCGAGCCGCACACGGCCACCGGCAAGCUAUCCUUCAGCAGCUACCCAGGUUUCCUGGUGUCCCUGGAUGAUUUCUACCUCCUGGGGAGCGGUCUGAUGAUGACGCAGACCACCAACAAUGUCUUCAACUCCUCCCUUUUCCACGCCCUCACCCCCAAAAGCCUGCUGGCCUGGCAGAGGGUGCGGCUGGCCCACAGUUUGGCGCAUACAGGAGAGGAGUGGGCCAGCAUCUUUUCCAAGUACAACUCUGGAACCUACAAUAAUCAGUACAUGGUGUUGGACAGGAGCAAAGUGAAGCUGGGCCACAGUGUCAGUGACGGUGCCCUGACCGUGGUGGAGCAGAUCCCUGGUCUGGUGGAGUACUCGGACCAGACCCAAGCGCUGCGUUUGGGCUACUGGCCGUCCUACAACGUCCCCUUCCACCAGAACAUCUACAGACUGAGUGGCUACCAGCUGAUGUGGCAGCACUACGGCCAGGACUUCUCCUACGACCUCUGCCCCAGGGCCAAGAUCUUCCGCCGGGACCAGGCCCACGUCAAGGACCUGGACUCUUUAAAGCACAUCAUGAGGUUCAAUGACUACAAGAAGGAUCCGUACUCUCAAGGGAACCCCUGCAAGUCCAUCUGUUGCCGUAACGACCUCAAAGAAGAAGAUCCCUCGCCAGGCGGUUGCUAUGACACCAAGGUGACAGACUUCCAAAUGGCGGGCAGGUUCCAGGCGCAGGCGCUGAACGGGCCGACCACGCAGGACGGACUCCCGCCCUUCAGGUGGGAGAAGUUCAGCCAGGUGAGCCACCAGGGUCUACCUGCCUUCUACAACUUCACCUUCGUCAGCAUGCAGCCUGUCCUCUUCCGCCCUUGACGCUUUCCUCGGGCAAGCUCACUUGUGUGCUGGCCCCGGGGGUCGCAGCAAACGUUUUAAAAUAAUAUUUUACCCCAAAAACUUUUAAAAGUGUAAUAAAAGAGCAAACAGGUGUAAUUAAACAGGAAGAUGUUGCAAUAGAGAGGCAGUCUUUUACUUUGAAAAUAAUAACAACUUAUGAUUAAAGCUGCAAGCAGCGAUGGACGGGACCGCUUUGGCUGCCAAGCCCAGAUAAGCGGUAGAAGAUGGAUGGAUGGAUUAUUACACAGAGAAAAAGUUGUAUACACAUGUGAUGUGUUAUAAAUCAGUCUCAUAGUAAUAACAGUUGUAAAGUGGCUUAGGCAUUUUAUAAGGACGCCUUGGUGCCGCCAUCUUGAGACUCUAAUGCAUGGUGAAUGUAAUGCAGUUGUUGUAUUGAAGUGGGAAUAGCAAACUUUCUGUUUAUUUUAGUUGGGGCAGUCAGUGUAUGAAAUAUAGGUCUCAGUGAGCCCUACAUUGAGGUUUUUGUUUCAAGUGUGUAUGACAGCCCUGCAGUUUUGUCUGAGCAGAAAGCCGCCAUUUUGUGACAACAGUUGCAGCGCAAUGGUUCUUUGCGGGCUCAUAAAAUCCAAACCGGGGUAGUAAUUAAACUCUUUCUUUAACUUUUAAUCAGAAAGUUUCAAUCCCUCUUCUGUGCUUAUUUGAAGCAGAAACGACAAACGGCCUCAGAUGAGUUAAUGUUUGAAAAAAUGCAACAUUUUUUUAGCCAACUUUUGUAUUGAAGGGGGAAUUGCAAACUUCCUCUUGAUUUUAGCUGGGAGGUAUGAGUGUAUGAAAUAUAGGUCUAACUGAGACCUACGCAGUGGUUUUUGUUUCAUGUUUCUACGACGAUCCUACUGGAAGUUACAGGUAGUUGUAUCCGUGUUUUCUUCCUAGGGAGCGCUAGAGCGCAAUUUUGAGUUUUGGGGUUUGGUUUUUUGAUUAGAUCGCAAUUUUCGCCAGUCCUGAUGUGUGUGUCAAAUUUGGUGAGUUUUGAAGCAUGUUAAGGGGGUCAAAUAGCAGCUCAAAGAGGCGGCAAAAUAAUAACAAUAAUAAAACCUUAGAAAUUCAAUAGGGUCCUCCGUCCCAAAGGGAUAUCGGUCCCUAAUAAACAGAUCCGAAGUUGGUCUAGAGCAGGGGUCUCAGACGCGCUGCCCGCGGGCCAAUUUCGGCCCACGAAACAUUAUUUUGUGGCCCGCACCUUAAUAUGAAAAUUUUAUGUUAGUGCGGCCCGCAAGUUUUACAUCAAUGGCGCUUGACAACGUCAUACUUGCCAACGCUCCGCUUGACAACGUCAUACUUGCCAACGCUCCCGAUUUUUCCGCGAGACUCCAAAAUCUCAGGGCAACCAUGCUCUCAGAUUUCUAUCUAUUUUCACCCGAAUAAAAAUGUUCAGCACGGGGUGUCGUAAUGGUACUGCCUUUAGCAUCCUCUACAUCCUGUAUAAACAACGUGCCAGCCCAGUCAUAUGUUGUUAGUGGCUUUUGAACACACACAAGUGAAUGCAAGGCAUACUUGGUCGACAGCCAUACAGGUCACAUUGAGGGUGGUCGUAUAAACAAUAAUGAUAAUAGUAAUAAUAGAUUAUUUUUUUGUAAAAAAGCACUUUACGUUGAGCAAACAACCUCAAAGUGCCACAAUGUAAAAACAUUUGUAAUAAUAAUAAGAAGAAAAUAAAAUACAAAUAAAUAAAAUAUAAAACUAGAAACAGCCCAAUAGCUAGAAUCAGCAUGCAUGUUUAUAAAAAGGCUUUUUUUAAAAGAUGUGUUUUUAAGCCUUUUUUAAUAGCAUCCACAGUCUGAGGUGCCCUCAGGUGGUCAGGGAGAGCGUUCCACAGACUGGGAGCAGCGGAGCAGAAAGCCCGGUCUCCCAUAGUUCGUGGCUUUGUCCGUGGAGGUUGGAGGAGGUUAGCCUGUUUGGAGUGGAGGUGUCGUGUGGAGGAUUUGGGGGUGAGCAGUUCUUUGAGGUAGAGGGGGGCAUUUCCAUGGAGGCACUGGUGAGUUAGAAGGGAGAUUUUGGAUUCAAUGCAGAGCGAAACUGGAAGCCAGUGAAGGGAUUAGAGAGUUGGUGUGAUGUGGUCAUGUUUCCGCACUCUCAUUAGGAUCCUCGUAGCACUAUUUUGUAUGUACUGCAGCUUCUGAAUGUUCUUGCUGGGGUUCUCGACAAGAAGUACCUUGCAAUGUUAAAUAACUUUAACACUGUUACAAAUAUGCGCCACACUGUGAACCCACACCAAACAAUAACGACAAACACAUUUCGGGAGAACUUCCGCACCGUAACACAACACAAACACAACCGAACAAAUACCCAGAACCCCUUCAGCCCUAAUUUUUCCGGGCUACAAUAUACAUCCCCGUUACCAACUAACUCCGCCCCCUACACAGUAACCACCCCCUCCGUGCGUCGGUUGAGGUAGUGUAUAUUGUAGCCUGGAAGAGUUAGGACUGCAAGGUGUUCUGGUUAUUUGUUCUGUUGUGUUUAUGUUGUGUUACGGUGCACAAGUUCUCUUGAAAUGUGUUUGUCAUUCUUGUUUGGUGUGGAUUCACAGUGUGGCGCAUAUUAGUAAGAGUGUUAAAGUUGUUUAUACGGCCACCCUCAGUGUGACCUGUAUGGCUGUUGACCAAGUAUGCCUUGCAUUCACUUGUGUGUGUCCGCAUAAAGCCUCACACAAUACAUGGUUGGGCCGGCACGCUGUUUGUAUAAUGAAAAGGCGGACGGGAUGACAUGUUGAAGAGGACGUUAAAGGCGGUGCCAUCAUCACGGCACGCCUUAAUAUUAUUGGCCUGGUGAAUAUCAGGGCUAAUUCGGGAGGUGCACUGAAAAUCCUGAGUCUCCCGGAUAAAUCGGGAGGGUUGGCAAGUAUGAUGCCAGGGCGGGAAAGCCAUUCAAAGAAGGUGGAUUCACUAAAGACUGCAUGUUAGAUUUUUUUUUAGAAAUAUUUUCUAGCGGCCGAGCCUCACCCAGUUUCUGCAUCCAGUGGCCCCCAGGUAAAUUGAGUUUGAGGCCCCUGGUCUACAGAUUUAAAAGUAAAAAAUAAUUUCAACUACCACCAUCAACGUGUGAAUGUGGAAGAAAUAAGUUGUGGGUGCAACUUAUCAGAAAAAUAAAUAAAAUAUAUAUGACUUAUUUUUAAGACUUUUAUAAGUUGGGGCCUUUUGGAUCCUUUUUUUUUUUACUGUCAUUGAUUAAAAAAAAAAAAAGAAUAAACCAAAAGCAUUGUUGUUAUGAAUAAUUGACCCUUUUAAGGUUACAAUUACUAAACUCCGCUCCCUGUAUGAUCAGUGUCAGAGCUUUGCAUUGCCUGCAGUAAGUCCAACACGUUUCCAGUGAGGGUUGGACUCCGCCAAGGCUGCCCUUUGUCACCUAUUCUGUUCUUAACUUUUAUGGACAGAAUUUCUAGGCGCAGUCAAGGCGUUGAGGGGAUCCGGUUUGGUGACUGCAGGAUUAGGUCUCUGCUUUUUGCAGAUGAUGUGGUCCUGAUGGCUUCAUCUGGCCAGGAUCUUCAGCUCACCCUAGAUCGGUUCGCAGCCGAGUGUGAAGUGACUGGGAUGAGAAUCAGCACCUCCAAGUCCGAGUCCGUGGUUCUCGCCCGGAAAAGGGUGGAGUGCCAUCUCCGGGUUGGGGAGGAGACCCUGCCCCAAGUGGAGGAGUUCAAGUACCUAGGAGUCUUGUUCACGAGUGAGGGAAGAGUGGAUGGUGGCGUCUUCAGUAAUGCGGACGCUGUAUCGAUCUGUUGUGGUGAAUAAGGAGCUGAGCCGGAAGGCAAAGCUCUCAAUUUACCUGAUUAUCUACGUUCCCAUCCUCACCUAUGGUCAUGAUCUUUGGGUCAUGACCGAAAGGACAAGAUCACGGGUACAAGCGGCCCAAAUGAGUUUCCUCCGCCGGGUGGCGGGUCUCUCCCUUAGAGAUAGGGUGAAAAGUUCUGCCAUCCGGGAGGAGCUCAAAGUAAAGCUGCUGCUCCUCCACAUGGAGAGGAGCCAGAUGAGGUGGUCCGGGCAUCUGCCACCCGAACGCCUCCCUAGGGAGGUGUAUAUGGCACGUCCGGCCAAUAGGUGGCCACGGGGAAGACCCAGGACACGUUGGGAAGACUAUGUCUUCUGGCCAAGAAGUGGCUGGGGAGAGGGAAGUCUGGGCUUCCCUGCUUAGGCUGCUGCCCCCGUGACCCGACCUCGGAUAAGCGGGAGAAGAUGGAUGGAUGGCACAUUAAAAAUGACACUUUCAGCAUUUUUUUUGUGUAAAAAUAAUGCAUUAUUUAGUUAUUGUCAUGAUCCGUGGUCCGGAUCAUGUUUUUGUAUUUUCUAUUCUUUUUGGACUUCUUUAGUUCCUGCUUGUGCACCUUUCUGAGUUUGUUUUGGUUGCCAUGGUUGCAUAUUAUGUUCAUCUGCCUCUGAUUAGUGUUCGGCCGCUCACCUGCUACUGAGCACUAGUCAGAGGCACUAUUUAAGCCUGCCAUUGCCAGUCGGUCUGCCUGGCGUCAUUGUUUCAUGCAAUGCCUUUCUUCUUUUCAUGCUUCAUACCAAGUAAGUUUUUGUUUAUUCAUGCUACAGUUAGCGAGUUUUUGUUUUUCCCUGUCCAUAGUUCAUGCCAUUUGUUCAUUCAAGCCACUGUUUAGUGAGUUUCUUUCAUGUUUUUUAGUUUCACGUUUCAUGUCCUAAGUUUUUUGCCUUAGCUUUCGCACGCUUUUUUAGGCACGCUCCCCUUCGGGUUGUUUUCUGUUUUUUUGUACCCUUUUGAGUUUUUGUAAUUAAACAUGUUCCUACCUUCUACCGUUGUCCAGAGUAAUCCGUUUGCAUCCUGGAAGAACAAUCCAGGAUGCUUAAAAAGUAUGUUUUCACUUGUUUUAGUACGUAUUUCAAAAUAGCCACAUAAAUAAUAAUUUUUGACAUUGAUUUUAGGUUAUUUAGAUUUCCGUUGUUGUGCUUCCAUCCACUGAUUGUUUCAGUAAUCGUAUGCGUGUCACAAAUAUUUGAAUUUUUGUAUUUGAUGCAAAAAUAUCUAAGUAAGUACAACAUAUGUUUGUGCUUGAUGAUUGUUUUUAGUGCAAGAACAAAACACACUAGAAAUCCUUAUCAAUCUCGUCUUUGCCAUCCUUCUUUCACCUUCCUAUUUCACUGCUGAUAUCAUGCCAUCAAUAAACUUGUAACUAUUGUA